UUGAACAAUGGUCUCUACCAACCACCGCUGCUCUCGCCGCUGAAUCCUUAACGUGCCAUUUUAUUACUAAUGGGCAUAUCUGGAAAUCAAAAUGUCAUCGAUAUACGGGACAGUAUCGCGUUUCUGAGGAUGCCAGCGGUGGAUAUUCAUGCGGGUUUCUCCGGACCAGUGCUGAUUUUGGCCAGUGAAGCUUCCUUGUAGUGAAUCGGAUGAUUGGAGCAGCUGUGCGCUCGCGCUUAGAUUGCAGCUGUCAUUGAUAUUGCAUAGUGAACAGUAAAGAUGAUGUGCGAAGUGAUGCCCACGAUCAGCGAGGACACUGCGCUGAGCCAGCGUGGCUCCCAGAGCAGCGCCUCCGACCCUGACUCCCACUUCGAGCAGUUGAUGGUGAACAUGCUGGACGAGAGAGACCGUCUGUUGGACACCCUGAGAGAGACACAAGAAAGCCUGGCCCUUGCCCAGCAGCACCUGCAGGACGUCAUCUAUGACCGGGACUCACUGCAGCGGCAGCUCAGCUCCGCACUGCCACAGGAGUUUGCCGCCCUGACGAAAGAGUUGAAUGCCUGCAGGGAACAGCUGCUGGAGAAGGAGGAGGAGAUUUCAGAGCUGAAGGCCGAGAGGAACAACACCAGACUGCUGUUGGAGCAUUUGGAGUGUUUGGUUUCGAGGCAUGAACGUUCCCUACGCAUGACAGUGGUGAAACGACAGGCCCAGUCUCCUUCUGGCGUCUCCAGUGAGGUGGAGGUCCUCAAAGCUCUCAAGUCCCUCUUUGAGCACCACAAAGCACUGGAUGAGAAGGUACGUGAGAGAUUGCGGGUGUCACUAGAGAGGGUCUCUGCCUUGGAGGAGGAGUUGGCCGCAGCCAAUCAGGAGAUUGUGGCCUUAAGGGAGCAGAAUGCCCACAUUCAAAGGAAGGUGGCAUCAGGAGAAGGGGCAGAGGACUUGUUGGAGGGAACUGAUGCCCAAAAAGUCCAUGGCAAGCGGUUGUCUAACGGGUCGAUGGAGUCGGGGGACGAGGCCAGUCAGGUGGUGGAGCUGCAGGAGCUGCUGGAGAAGCAGAACUACGAGCUGGCUCAGAUGAAGGAGCGCAUGUCCUCGCUGUCCUCCCGCGUGUCCGAGGUGGAGCAGGAGCUGGAGACGGCCCGCAAAGACCUCAUCAAGAGCGAAGACGUGAACAACAAGUUCCAGAGAGAUAUUAAAGAGGCUAUGUGUCAGAAAGAAGACAUGGAGGAACGGAUCGUGACUCUUGAGAAGCGCUAUCUCAGUGCCCAGAGAGAGUCCACGUCGCUACAUGACAUCACAGACAAGCUGGAAAAUGAACUGGCCAAUAAGGAGGCGUUCCUCAGACAGAUGGAAGAGAAGAACAGGCAGUUACAGGAGCGGCUGGAGUUGGCAGAACAGAAACUCCAGCAGACCAUGAGGAAAGCUGAGACACUGCCUGAAGUCGAGGCUGAGCUAGCACAGAGGAUAGCAGCUCUCACCAAGUCUGAUAUGGAAGCUAAACUCCAGGACAUGAACUGCAGUCUUAGGAAGGCGGAGGAGAGACACGGCAGUAUCGAGGAGCGUAUGAGACAUUUAGAGGGACAGCUGGAGGAGAAGAACCAGGAACUGCUCAGGGCUCGACAGAGAGAGAAGAUGAAUGAGGAACACAACAAGCGUCUGUCAGACACUGUGGACAGACUCUUGACCGAGUCCAACGAACGAUUACAGCUCCACCUGAAAGAGAGAAUGGCCGCUCUUGAGGAGAAGAAUGUGCUGAUACAAGACUCUGAUAACUACAGGAAACAGUUAGAAGACUCCAUUCAAGAAAAGUCUCAUCUCUCGGAGGAGAUAGAUAAACUGAGAUCUGAACUGGAUCAGUACCGUCUGAGGGCCGGAUCCCUUACAGAGCCCACGCUGUCACGGUCCCAUCUGGAUGCAUCCGGAGAUCUGCGUUUCUCUCUGGGUUCUCUUGCCGAGACGCAGUCGGACCAUUAUCGCUCCACCAAGGUGAUCCGCAGACCCAGGAGAGGGCGCGUGGGGUUACGUAGGGACGAACAGAAGGCUAAGUCUCUGGGAGAGCAAGAAUGGCGCUCUCAGCAACUUGGCAUUCUGGGUGGCCACCCGUUUGAGAGCGACACAGAGAUGUCGGAUAUUGACGACGAUGACCGAGAUACCCUUUUCAGCUCGAUGGAUCUACUGUCACCUGGAGGACAUUCAGAUGCUCAGACUCUGGCAAUGAUGCUGCAAGAACAACUGGAUGCCAUCAAUAAAGAGAUCCGGCUGAUCCAAGAAGAGAAGGAGUCGACAGAACUGAGGGCAGAGGAAAUAGAGAACCGCGUGGCCAGCGUGAGCCUGGAGGGGCUGAACCUGGCGCGGGUGCACCAUCCCGGAGCUUCCAUCACUGCCUCGGCCACCGCAUCCUCCCUCGCCUCCUCCUCACCUCCCAGCGGACACUCCACCCCCAAACUCACCCCGCGCAGCCCGGCCCGCGACAUGGAGCGCAUGGGGGUCAUGACACUGCCCAGUGACUUGCGGAAACACAGGAGAAAGAUCGCAGCAGUGGACGAGGACGGCCGAGAGGACAAGGCAACCAUCAAAUGCGAGACCUCGCCACCUCCCACACCUCGCCAAGUCCGCAUGACCCACACGCUACCUGCUUCUUCGCACAAUGACGCACGGCUGACGGCUACAUUAGAGACGGAGGCCAGUGCUCUGAGCAGUGUAGCCAGCAGCCAGGACUCCCUCCACAAACAGCCGAAAAAGAAAGGCAUCAAGUCCUCCAUCGGACGACUGUUUGGGAAGAAAGAAAAGGCCAGACUUGGGCAGCUGGGAAAAGAGAUUAUGGGACCAGGACAAGUAGGGAAUGUAUCCGAUCCUGAGCUUAUGGGUCAGGAUAUUGCAGUUGGAAAGCUGGGAACACAGGCAGAGAAAGAUCGCAGGCUUAAAAAGAAACUCUGUAUCAGCGGGCACGAGUUGUUGGAAGAAGCCAGAAGAAAAGGGUUACCUUUCGCUCAGUGGGACGGUCCUACAGUUGUCGCGUGGUUGGAGCUGUGGCUGGGGAUGCCGGCAUGGUACGUCGCAGCGUGUCGUGCCAACGUAAAAAGCGGCGCCAUCAUGUCUGCCCUGUCGGACACCGAGAUCCAGAGAGAGAUCGGCAUCAGCAACCCACUGCACCGCCUCAAACUGCGUCUGGCCAUCCAGGAGAUGGUCUCGCUCACCAGCCCCUCGGCUCCCCCUACAUCUAGAACCCCGUCGGGUAAUGUGUGGGUAACCCACGAGGAAAUGGAGACCCUUGCCGCCCCCUCGAAAACGAAGUCCCAGUCAGAGGAGGGGAGCUGGUCACAGACGCUGGCAUACGGGGACAUGAAUCACGAGUGGAUUGGGAACGAGUGGCUGCCCAGUCUCGGUCUACCUCAGUACCGCAGCUACUUCAUGGAGUGUUUGGUGGACGCGCGCAUGUUGGACCACCUCACCAAGAAGGACCUCAGAGUGCAUUUAAAAAUGGUGGACAGCUUUCACAGAACCAGCCUGCAGUACGGCAUUAUGUGUUUGAAGAAGCUCAACUAUGACAGGAAGGAGCUGGAGAGACGCAGAGAGAGCAGCCAGCACGAGAUAAGAGACGUGCUGGUGUGGAGUAACGACCGGGUGAUUCGCUGGGUCCAGAGCAUCGGGCUCCGCGACUACGCCAACAUCCUGUUAGAAAGCGGCGUGCACGGGGCGCUCAUCGCGCUCGACGACAACUUUGACUACAGCAGCCUGGCCCUGCUGUUGCAGAUCCCCAACCAAAACACUCAGGCUAGACAAAUCCUUGAAAGAGAGUACAACAAUCUGCUGGCACUGGGAACAGAGAGGCGAUUAGAUGAGUGCGACGAGAAAGACUUCAGAGGGCCGUCGUGGAGGAGGCAGUUUCCUCCGCGGGACGUCCACGGGAUCAGCAUGAUGCCCGGCUCAGCAGAGACCCUGCCCGCAGGCUUUCGCCUCACUGCCACCUCCGCACACUCACGCAGACUGCCACCAGAGGUCCUGUACGAGGUGAUGGAUGACAGUCCUGACGACAUGUAUUUGGACUGGUUUCAAGUUGGACCAUCAGCAGUACAGCGUCUGGACAGCUCCACUGUGAGGACCUACUCUUGCUGAGAGAACAUGAAAGCUACAAGCUAGUCGUACCUUCAAGUUGGCCCGAACAAACGAUUCUGACGAGUCACACUGCCAAGAGAACAACGGAAGCCUGCGGAGGACAGGGCGAGGAGGUGGGGGUGAAGGCGUGCCGGCCUCCCCCGUCCCGCUCCUCCGCGCUCGCCGAGGCCGCGACCCGGGCGUCCGCCGCCCUCUCUGUCUUUUAUGCCACGCGCCUCCUUUGGCUUAAGUACUGUGUAUUUCUUCUACAGGGGAUGUGUAGGUUCAACUGUAAAUCACUAUAAAUAAAGUUGUUUUAUAUAUAGAAAUACAUAAAGAAAUAUAAACGAUAUAUAUACACAUGUCUGUAUAAAAAGAUAAAUGACACGUUCAGACUUUGUGCACAUUGCGUCUUUUAACGUCACGGUUUUAAACGAUGCUGCCGUUCCCGCUUUUCCCCUACUAUUCGACAUGCUGUUGUUUUUCUUUCGCUUCUUCGUGCGUUUUGAGGCCCGUUACGGUUUGCCGAUUGGAAGCCCCUCGCCUAAAAAACUAUUUGUACCGUCCGAGGUAAUGCCUCGCUAUUUUUUUGGCUCGUACCCCUAUGGAGCGCAAUAUACGUCUGCUGGAGGUCUGACCGAAACUCUUACAAAAACGCCUCCACUCAGCAAGUAGGUCAAAAGUACAGGAUGUCGUAAAACGGCAUUUGCGAGCCAUUUACUUCUGUGACGUGACGUGUUUACGUGUCAAACUAAAUAUUAUUCAUAAACUACUAUUGCCUGGGUGUUCGUUUCAAACAUCAUUAAUCCUUCAACUGGAUUGUGAAAAGCGACUAUUACGCUCAAAACCUAAAAGUGACUUUGCGGCAGAUUGUGGCAAACUAGCCCUCCUGAAACACAGCCACCGCUCACCCCCCAAGUGUUAACGUUACUUUCGGAAGCCUACGUUUUUACAUUUUCAACAAGAACGUCAUUGAUCGGAUACAUUUAACUCGCGUCGACUUUAAAACAUUCGCUCGCACGUGUUGUUGUUUGAUUUGGUUAGAAAGAAUGUAAAACACGUAUAGUUUGUGAUCCGAUUGUUUCCCGUCGUGGGUAGCGCAAAAAUAUACCGCCGGAGUACGGCGCGUGUUCGUCUGGACGCGAACCGCUCUGCUCGGCCUACGAAAAACGGCUCCCGCCGAGCCUCGAGGCGCGGCCGGUCGGCUGGCCUCGUCUCCGGAGUGUCCCACCGCCUCUCGUUGGGGGAAAUCGCUAAAAGACAGGCUUAGCUCGUAGUGAUCGUACACUUACUUGCUGUGACUUACUUUGGUGUAAAGAUGUGUCCAACUCUUCUUUGUGUUCAAAAUGCAGGGAAAACCUCUUGUACAGCCCUCCGCUUCCUGUCUUUGAGUUAUUUCUGACACUUCGACGGUUUAUACGUCCCUGUUUUGCACGCGCAGAGAAUCGUUUUAUUUUGUGUCCAUUUUUUUAUUUAUUACUGAUUGUAUCUUGGUCAAAACUAUGUGGUGAUCAAAGAACUUUUCAUUGUCAAUAAAAGUACAGUCAAAUAGGUUUUCUUUAUAACAA